AUGACAGUGUUUGCGCUUUUCCUGAUUGAAUUUUUCUUCUCUCAUUCUCUCUCUCUCUCUCUCUCUCUUUUUUCUUUGUUUAUCUCUUUCUUUCUAUCAUUCUUUCUGUCAUUCUUUCUUUCUCUCUUUCUUAGCUCUCUCUCUCUCUCUCUCUCUCUCCCCUCUUUGGUUCUGUCUUUCUCUCUUUCUGUCUUUCAGUCUUUCUUUUUAUUCUUCUGUCUUUCGUUCUGUCUUUGUUUCUCUCUUCCUUUCUCUCUUUCCUCUUUUCUCGCUUUCUUUCUUUCUAUCUUUCUUUCUAUCUUUCUUUCUUUCUGUCUUUCUUUCUCUCUUUUUCUUUCUCUCUUUCUUUCUUUUUCUCUCUCUUUCUUUCUGUUUUUCUUUCUUUGUCUCUUCUUUUCUUUCUCUCUCCAUUUCUUUCUCUUUUUCAUUCUCUCUUUCUCUCUUUUUAUCUCUUUAUUUCUAUCUUUCUUUCUCUCUUUCUUUCUCUCUUUCUUUCUUUUUGUAUUUCUUUCUUCUUCUAUCUUUCUUUCUCUCUCUUUCUUUCUGCCUUUCUCUCUCUUUUUUCUUUCUUUCCCUCUUUCUUUCUUUCUCCCUUUCUUUUCACUGCCUUAA